AUGUCAAGGAAAAAUAGAAAGCAGACAAAACCCACCCAAGCUAAGCCGGAAGAUAAGGGUGUAAAACCAGUCAAAGUCGUGCAUGAUCCUUGGGCUGCAAUUGAAAAAAAUGAAACCGUUGAAACAGCACACAAAGCGUUCUAUAAACCCGCUGAAGAGAAAACAAAGUUCUUCCAGAAUAAGAAGAAAAAAACCAUGAACGAUGGUCUGUCCGGGCAGUACUAUGACUUUUCCGCUGUGAAAGUUCGUAAUAAGAGAACUAGAAAGAGUAUUGAAGAAAAGAAGUCAGCCAAUGCACUUCAAGCCGAAGAAGAUAAUUUUGGUGGAAAUGUCUUCAAAACUAUUGCUAAGAGAUCCAAGUAUGAUUCGACUGUUGAAGAUCUUAUGCCAACUGAAGAAAGCUUGGUUGAUGAACUUGACUUGGAUAGUGAUUUGGAUGAUGAACUUUCGGAAGGAGGCGAUGGAGAAAGUGAAGAGCCAGUCGUGUAUGAUAUGGAAGCUGUUAGGCGACUGAUUAAAUUGGCAGCAAAGUCAAAGAAAGAUGUUGUUUCUGAAGAAAAAGCUGAUCAAUUCAUCUUGGAUGAGGCAGAAGAGAUGGAGGAUGAAGAGUUAGAUGAGGAAGAUCUAGAAGAUGAAGAAGUAGAAGACGAAGAAGAUGAAGAAAUAGAAGAUGAAGAAGUAGAUGAUGAAGAGGAUGACAUAGAAAUGGAUGAUGAAGAGGAAGACGUAGAGACGGAUGAUGAAAGUGAGGGAGACGAAGAUGUAGAUGAGGAAGAACAGGAGUCUGAACUUUCUGAACAAGAUGCUGAAUCUGAUGAAGAGGCCAACCUCGGAGAAAGUCGUGAAUGUAAAAAAAUCGUUCAGAAAAAAAAAACCCCGUCAAAGAAGGUGAUCGACUUCGACACUUUCCCUUUCAGUAACGAUGAUUCUGGUGUAACUGCAACACGUGCUUUCGGGUGGAUGAUCAACGUUUGUGACGUCCAAUCCUUCUUCAGUCAAUUCCAUCAACAGAAUGCAAUGGUCGUUAGACGAAACAACCCAGCCUACUAUGGAAAUCUUUUCUCUUCGGAACGUUUUGUGGAGCUUCUGGAGAAGAACUAUGUCGAAUAUGGCACUAAUAUAAACAUUGCAUCAUACAAGGGUGGAGUGAGAACUACGUUAAAUGGGAAAGGCAGAGUUUACCCAGCUGACAUCAAUAGACACAUCAAAAGCGGCAACUCGGUGCAGCUCGUCAAUCCUCAAACAUUCGAUGAGCACAUUUGGUAUCUGUGUGAAAUAAUACAAGAACUGUUCCAUUGUUUUGUUGGUGCAAAUACAUAUUUGACUCCAGCUGGCUCAGCUGGGUUCGCUCCUCACUGGGAUGAAAUUGACGCAUUUUUGCUUCAAUUGGAAGGUCGUAAAUACUGGAAAGUGUGGGCUCCACGUUCAGAUGAAGAGGAGUUACCUCGGGAUAGUAGCCCCAAUUUGACUCAAGAAAGUCUUAAAGGAAGAAAGCCCACUUUUGAAGGAUGGGUAGAAGCUGGAGACCUACUCUACAUUCCCAGAGGUUUCAUUCACCAGGCUCAUACUGAUAACGAAGUUCACUCUCUUCAUGUUACCAUAUCUACGGGAAGAAAAUGGGCGUUCGUCGACAUGCUGGAAAAAACGAUACCAGAAAUUAUUGGUUCAUUCAGUGAUUCACGAUUGAAGCUACGUCGUUCUUUACCAGUUAACUUAUUCGAUAUCGGAGGAUCAGCUGAUUGCGAGUAUGUACAAGAGGAGAAUUACGAAGAGAAAUAUGGAAUCCAUGUGGAUAGACAUCUAUCUAUGUUACGUAAUUUCUUCGCUGACAAAUGCAUGCAUGCGUCUAUAGACUUGAUGGCUAAAGAGUUUUAUAAAACAGCAUUGCCGCCAUGUCUUACUCCUGAAGAAAAGAAGUAUUCCGCUGUAGGUGUAAGCACCAACCUAUUUGGUGCCCCAUUAGAAUUUACUUUGAACGUGCAAGUAAGGUUCAUGAGGCGUCAUGGACAAAGAUUACUGUUCGAGUCCGAAGAUAGUUAUUAUAUAGUUACAAGAAUGCAAAACUCGAGAUUGUACGAAGGAAGACCAGAGGUUACGAUAGAUAUACCCGCAAAGUUCGCUGACGCGUUCAAUUUUCUAACAAACUCUUAUCCUGAGUGGGCUAGAAUAUCUGAGUUACCACCAAGUUUGUCAAAAACCGAGAAAAAAGAAUUCUGUCAUUUGUUAUAUUCAUAUGGUUUGUUAAUGGCUAAACGCUAG